CUCCACGUCUACUCGACCCGCAACAACACGAUCCUCACCCUCUCGACCUCGCCCGCCUCGGCCCCGUCGUCGUCCUACUCGAGCUCCGGCUCCGAGGGCGCAGGGCCGCACCACCCGAUCGCGUGGGUCUCGGCCGGCAACGCCGGGUACAAGGGCGCCGCGCGCGGCACGUACGACGCGGCCGUCGAGGUGGCCCUGCGCAUGUUCCGCAAGAUCCAGGACCUCGCGGCCGGUCCGCCCCCGACCGAGCUCGAGGUCGUGUGGAAGGGCUUCGGGCAGGGGAGGGACGCCGUCUUCAGGACGCUCAUGGGCGCAGAGGGGGACAACGUGCGCGGGCUCGUGAGAAGGGUCACGGACGCGACGCCGUUGAAGGUCGGCGGUACGCGUCCCAAGAAGCGGCGA